AUGAAAGUCGCGGUUUUCGGCACGAAGAAGUACGACAGCGACAGCUUCGACGGCAUCGAUCCCAAAUCCCACGGGAUCGAGUUUAAGUACCUCGACGUCAAGCUCGACGUCAACACCUCGCUUCUCUCCGCCGGCUACGAUGCCGUGUGCAUCUUCGUCAACGAUGUGUGCGACAAGGAGGUUCUGUCGCAGCUGAAAGAGCACGGAGUCAAAUUCAUCGCGCUGCGUUGCGCAGGCUACAACAACGUUGACCUUUCUGCCGCGCAGGAGCUAGGCCUAAAAGUGGUGCACGUCCCCGCGUAUUCUCCCGAAUCCGUCGCCGAAUUCGCCGUCGGAAUGAUCAUGACGGUUGUGCGCAAGUACCACAAGGCGUACCUGCGGGUGCGCGAGGGGAACUUCCUACUCGACGGGCUGCUGGGGUUCAAUCUCAAAGACAAGACUGUCGGCAUCGUUGGCACGGGCAGGAUUGGGCUGCUCACCGGUCGCAUCCUCGCGAAGGGCUUUGGCUGCAACGUUAUCGCUUACGAUACUUACCCGAAUCCUGAGGCGGGGGACUACGGCAUCUCGUAUGUCGACACCCUGGAGGAUCUCCUGGUACGCGCGGAUAUCAUCAGUCUGCAUUGUCCGCUCACGGAGGGGACGAGGUAUAUGCUCAACGAUAAGACGCUGUCGAAGACGAAGAAGGGCGCUAUCUUGAUCAAUACUUCGAGGGGUGCGCUGAUCGAUACACAUGCGCUCAUUCGCGCGUUGAAGACUGGUCACCUCGGUGCUGUUGGCCUGGAUGUGUACGAGAAGGAGGCAUCCUACUUCUUUGCGGACUCGAGCUCAAAGAUUAUCCACGACGAUAACUUUGCCCGGCUACUGUCCUUCUACAAUGUUUUCGUCAGUGGCCAUCAAGCUUUCCUCACCCACGAAGCGCUGAAGGGAAUCGCCGAGACUACCAUCAAGAACUUGCAGGAGCUCGAGCAGGAGGAGAAGUGUGCAAACGAGGUGAAGCAGAAAUAG